AUGCCUCGAAAACAGCACUUAUCGUUCCUGAUGGCUAUAGCCUUUUGCGCUUUCCUAGGAAUCACGUUCGUGCUAUCAUCUCGAAAAGAGACGGACGGGCCUGUCACAGCGGAAUUUGCUGCCGCAAACCAGCAAGCGCUGAGCGUCAGCGAUGGAAUACUGAAGGGAGAGAACAAGGCAGCAAAGAUCGAAAAUGCCACAUUGAAAGCAGAACUGGGCAACGCCUCUUGGAAACUCCUACAUACGAUGAUGGCAAAAUUCCCCGACAAGCCUACCGACGAAGACAGCGCGGCCUUGAAAUCCUACAUUCAUCUCUUUGCACGGUUGUACCCAUGUGGAGAUUGUGCGCGACAUUUCCAGAAGAUAUUACAGAAGUUCCCACCCCAGGUAGCAACACGAUCCACAGCUGCGGCUUGGGCAUGUCAUGUCCAUAAUGAGGUCAAUAAGAGGCUGAAGAAGCCUAUAUUUGAUUGCUCCAAUAUUGGGGAUUUCUAUGACUGUGGGUGUGCAGAAGAUCCAGUGGAAGGGAAAGAAAAAGGGAAAAAGGACUCUUUUACGCCGUUGACCUUAAGUGAGAACGAAGGCAGCUUAACUCGUGGAGGGUGA